AUGGUUGUUGUGGAUACGUCAACUUUCGAUGGAACUGCUAAUAGGGAGGAAGAUAUGUUUCACGAAAUAGCAAAAGUCAUAAGUCUGACCGUUCAGGGACCUCAUGUAUUUCUUAUUGCUGUUCCUCUUCGUCAUAUUACCAAAGAUGACCUAACGGUUAUUGAACAACUGAGCAAGAUAUUUGGGCCUGAUGCUCUGAAGUAUUCCAUUUGUGUUUUCACACACUUAGACUGUCUUCAUCAAAAAGAUAUGGAAAUUGAUCAAUUACUCCUAAACUCAAGAAAAAUUCUUCUGGAUCUAAUUAAAUGCUGUGAUGGUCGGUAUAUUGCCGUCGCUAACACAGCUGCUAUUGAUGAAAAAGAAGCCACGGUAGCGAAUCUUUUAACAUUGAUCAAGAGCAUGGUUAACGAAAACGGCGAACAUCCUAAUACAAGCAAAAUAUGUGAGUUAGUCAAAGCAGCAAUAACAACACUAAGUGAUGAAAGAGUGGGUAGAUUUCAAACAGCCGAACUAGACAAUGACGGUGGAGUUCAUUUAUUACCAGAAGUACAACAAAUUAUACAAAGUUUCUUUUGCACUGCAACUGUACCUGUUUCUGGUCUGCAAAUACCAACAAAAGGAAUAAGUGAAAUAGAACGGAUUUUGACAAUUAUCUAUCUCGAUAUCACUGACAGUUCUAUUCUAAUUCCAGAAUUAAUUGAAUACACAAAAACAUUCGACGAUCCUCUAUUAUGUAUUGCAUGUAUAACAUCGAUUCGAAAUAAAAACAUUUUUUUUGUCACAUCUGGUCUAUUCUAUGAAUACGUUAUUCCAUUAAUUCAUGGUUUGCCGCAAAUUGUCUCGAUUUACAUUUUCGAAGAUGAUAGACAAAAAGAAGCUACGGUUCGAAUGGACAAAAACUACUUUAAACUAUCGAAUAUUUUUCAUCACAAAGAUCUGCUUCUCUCCAAACUCUGGAAAGAUGUGUUACUGACAAUUUUUUCAGUCCAAGGAGACACAAUUACGAAUAUAGAUACGAGUCAUACAGAUUUUUUCACUAAAGUAUUUAUCGGUUCUGAAACUAUUGAUAAAUUAACAAUGAAAACUUUGAGCAAACAACAGGUCAAAUUUAUUUUCUUUCAAUUAUUAAUCGACGCAGUACUUCGGACACCGACAGUGAGAACAACAAACAAUUGUUAUGCCAAAAUGUUAGAAAUAUACCGUUCACAGUAUCUAAAAGAUGAAAGAGAAAUGCAAAUAAUUAACGAGUUUGAGUCUAAUUAUUCAAGUGAGAUGGCUAUUCAAUGGUACGAAAAAAAUCAAUUUCUUCGGCAGUCACUAAACAUAGCGCUUCGAACUGAAAAUAUGAGCGAUAUAUUACAUUUUCGAUAUUUUAUUGCUGAUAUUCAUCGUCAACUAGUCGAACGUUGCUUACCUGAUUGCAGGCCGUUUACAGUUUAUGGAGUAGAGAUGAUGCAGAUGGGGGAAUUGAAAAACAUCCAGAAGAACAUCGGCGAAGUUGCAUUAAUAAAAACAUUCUUUUCUGGUACUAUGUCUAAUCAGACAGCUCUAAAUGCUGUCUCAACGAACAUCGAUCCAUUAUACGAAUUCGUCUUAUUCGAAAUUGUCAUCGAUUGCACAUCCGAUACGGCAUCAUUUAGCAGCAUACAAACCCUAGGCUACAAAGAAAACUGUGAUAUUCUGUUUUCUCCUGGCUCAAUAUUUCGAAUAGAGUCUGUAGCGCAAAUACCGACCAGAAGAAUUUGGCAUGUGAAGUUAUCAUUCACUGAUAGACAGUUAAGUAAGGUUAAAGGAUUACUUGAACGUAUAAGAAAUGAGUUUCCACACCCUCUCACACUUAUGACUUUGGGAAAUUUCUUUUGUAAAGUUGGUGAAUCGGAUGAAGCAAUGCGUUAUUAUAAAACGCUACUUGGUGUAUAUGAAUUUGAUGAUGACGCUAUAGAAAUUAUUAAUUAUAAUAUUGGACUUAUUUAUGAGCAUAAGGGUGAUUAUGAAGUAGCACUACAACAAUAUCAAACUGGAUUGAAUAGAGCAAUACAAAGUUCAUCCUCUAAUGAAGCAUACACUCAGCAACAAAUAGUUGAUAGCAUACUGAAGCCUCCAUUAAUGAAUAGCGCAUCUCCGGCUAUAUUGUAUUUCAAUCUGGGAUGUGUGUCAUUUCACAAACUUGAUUAUGAUAGAGCGUUAGAAAAUUUUGAAAAAGCGUAUGACUGCCUACCAGAUGAUAACACAAUCAAAAAAGUCGAUAUACUGAAUAAUAUCGGUUGUGUGUAUUAUAAAAGAAGUGAUUUUCGAAAAGCUCGUCAUUACUUUGAAAAAGCAUUUGAUAGAGCAUUAAAAAUCUUGCCAGCAGAAAAUUCAUUGAUUACAUGUUAUCUUAAAAAUAUUUCAGCAGCAGUAAAUUCAGCUAGCGUAAACAAUUGA